AUGCCGCUCUUUGCAACUUUCCUAGCCGUCUCCCUAGUCAGCCUCUACACAGCGGGUUUCGCUACAAUAAUCAUCUGCGAUAACAACGAUAUGCAAACCUCCAAACAGGAGGAGACAACUGAGGAACUCCUCGAGAAGAGAGAAGAUGAGAACGAGGUACUUGACGAGAAGAGAAGAGAAGAUUUCAGCCCUGAGAAGCCCUUUGCGCUAACAUCAAAGAAAAAAGACUACGACCAUGAGACGGAAUGA